CCAACCCCAGCGCUCGCGGGGCCGCGGCCGAGCUGCGCCCGCCGGGGCUGGCGGGGACCCGGAGGCCAAAAAUCUGGGUUCCCAUGGCGACGCCGGGAGGUGGCGGCUCCCGCCACGCGCGCACGCGGUCUCUCGGGGGCGUCGGCGGCCUCCUCGGUUCUCGGUAUUUUCUGUAUUCAUUUUUUGGUUCUGACUCGGGCUGGAGUACUGUAAGGCGAUAGUACUUUAAUCAUCUGCACAUCAAUAUUUAUGGAGUAGCCACAGGUGCUUCAUCCUGUAGUGGGAGUUCAUUAAUUAUGCAUUGAUUGGCCAAAUAAACAUCUAAUGUGGAAUCAUAUCACUGAAAACACUUUUGAGGUCCAAAUCUUGAUGCAUUCUACCUAUAUUUUAUGGACUCUCAUCUAAACUCUGAAUUGACUUUUGUUUAAGUAACUCCAUGGAUUCCUUUGGGCAACCCAGACCAGAAGAUAACCAGUCAGUAGUCAGCCGAAUGCAAAGGAAAUACUGGAAAACAAAACAAGUAUUUAUCAAAGCAACCGGAAAAAAGGAGGAUGAACAUGUGGUAGCAUCUGAUGCAGAACUAGAUGCUAAACUUGAGGUUUUUCACUCCAUUCAAGAGACAUGCACUGAACUUCUGAAGAUAGUUGAGAAAUAUCAGCUAAGACUCAAUGUUAUAUCGGAGGAAGAAAAUGAACUAGGGCUAUUUUUAAAGUUUCAAGCAGAACGGGAUGCAACCCAAGCUGGCAAAAUGAUGGAUGCCACUGGCAAGGCUCUCUGUUCUUCAGCCAAGCAAAGACUGGCCCUGUGUAUUCCCCUAUCUCGUCUGAAGCAAGAAGUAGCAACAUUCAGUAAAAGGGCAGUAUCUGAUACCUUGGUGACCAUUAAUCGGAUGGAGCAGGCACGCACAGAAUACAGAGGAGCUUUGCUGUGGAUGAAAGAUGUAUCUCAGGAGCUUGAUCCAGAAACCUUAAAACAAAUGGAAAAAUUCAGAAAAGUACAGAUCCAAGUGAGAAAUAGCAAAGCUUCUUUUGACAAGUUAAAGAUGGAUGUUUGUCAGAAAGUGGAUUUACUUGGAGCUAGUCGCUGCAAUAUGUUAUCUCAUUCACUCACUACCUACCAGAGAACACUGCUUGGAUUCUGGGAGAAAACAGCUGGAAUGAUGUCCCAGAUUGAUGGGGCCUGUGUUGGCUUUCACCCUUAUGGUUAUGUAGCUCUCAAGCAACUUCAAGACACUUCAAGCACGGUUACUGAAGAUCACAAAGAAGAACAAGUAGAAAACAGUUUUCUUACUGAAAACCUCAAUAAGUUAGUUUUGCCAGAUGAGGAAAUUAGCUUGGAAAGUGAACCAGUUGAAGAGAACAAGGAAAAACACUUUCAAAUAAGAGGAUUUGGAGCACCUCAAUUUUCAAAUUCUGAAAAUGCUGCAAAAGAUCUGCAUAUAGAUUCACUGGAAGAAGAUUUUGAGAAAGAAUUCUCAUUUCUGAGCUCCCUGAUAAGUCCUGGUUCUUCAAGUAACAGUGAAUUUACUCAAGAAUGCCAGACUGCAUUUGGGAGUCCCAAUGCCAGCCUAAAGUCCCAGGAGCCUUCUGUGGGGUCUGAGUCUCUUGCUCAUUCUUCUGGAUUUCUUCCUUCACAACUCUUUGACCUUGGCCUUCAUGCUCCUGGAGCUUUCAACAGCUGGGCCUCCCAAGGGGGUACAGACCUUCCUCUUUCACACAUUGAUAACCCACCAGUGCCUUCACAGAGUCCAAAGAAGUUAACAAGAUCUCUCAACAAUGGCAACCAAGACAUGUCAGCCUGGUUCAAUCUAUUUGCAGACUUGGAUCCACUUUCAAACCCAGAUGCCAUUGGGCAUGCAGAUGAUGAACUUCUUAAUGCUUGACUGAAGUUAUUAUGUCCCUUCAAUGGCCUUGAGACAUCAAUUUUGCAACAUAAUUGCCUUUGUGGAAAGGAGUUUAUAUUUUAACCCAUACACAAAAGCAUCAUGUUUGUGAAUUUAACAUUUGUAAACCAACUUUAGACAGAUGGUAAAGACCACAUUUGAAUAGAUUAAGUAUCUCUUUAAUACCGUGAUUUGUAGCUUUUGAUAUGUUGAAAAUAUUAUACACUCUUGAGUCUGAACUAGGUAACAAGAUUUAUUUCAAAACAGCUAGGAAUAUUCAGUCAAUAAGGAGGUAGGCUAUUACUUUGGAAGGUCUUUUACUUGAAAAUUGCCUUGAUGGCUUAGAAGUCUCGAUGUAGCUAAAAGAUAGCAGAAAAGUUAGGGUUAUAGUCUGGGAUUGGUUUGUUAAAACAAUGAGAAUUUUUUUUAAUGGAAAAUAGCAUUAGAACCAGACCAGUUUUGUCUUUAGAAAGACAGAUAAGAUUUGCAAACCCAUUUUGCUUCAAUGAAAUCACAGAGAAAUGUGGUGCUUGUUUUUUCCACUUGGAAGCUAAACUGUAGUAUUUUCUUUCAUAUGAAAUCAUGGACAUCCCUCAAUUUUGUUAUUGACUUUUUAUGAGGAAAUAGAUUUGUAAGUCCAUUCUCCAUAGAAAUGGAGAAAAAACCCUCUUCUCAUCCCAUGAACCAAGAGCUUCCAGUAAUAGUCAAGAUACUGUUUGGGUGUCUUCAACUCUGGUUUCCUACACAUUUCUGUGCUGAUGUAUUCCCUUCCUAUAGAUGACAUCAUUUAAGAUUGUAUGUGAUUGCUAAGAAAAUUGUUGCCACUAUAGCAUGUAGAAUCUCAAUGUUGGAAGAAGACUCUUUAAUAUAAAUUAGUAUUUAGUUUAUGAAAACACAGCCACCGCAUAUACAUAUCAAUUUCCAGCUCAGUUUUAAUGCACAUCUUUUAGUUUUGAGGUAGUUCUCCAGGGUUAUUUUGUCAACCGAUCCAUUUCUUCUUCAUAAGAAAACAUUUUCACUAAGUUAACAUUAGAUCCCCAUGUGAUCAUAGUUCUAAACAGGAUUAUCAAAGAAUUGUCAUGUCCAAGUCAUUGUAUAUAGAAAACAUUUUUUAUGAGCAGAGUAGAUAAAAUGCAGUCUAACUCUAUCCAGACAGUCUGGCAUAACUGCAUUCUGAUAUGCCCACAAGUGGUUCUCAAAAUUGCUCAUAUGUCCAUAUUUAAGAACUUAUUUGAGGGUCAGAAACAGACUUAGAGAAGUUUAUAAAGUCUUUUCCUUAAAACUUUUCACAUGAUUGAUUAUUCCUAUCUUUGUUUUUAAAUGAGUUGUUAUCCCUUAGAAGCAUUUUAAAACACUUUAUUCAGUAAAAUUUCCAAGCUCAAACAACCAGAAAGACAGUACAGCAGAUAAGGCAUUUGCCUUGCAUGUGGGGUGACCUGGGUUUGAUAUCUGGCACCGUUAAUGGUCUCCUGAAUCCCAUCAGGAGUGAUCCCUGAGCACAGAGUCAGUGUGGCUCAAUCCUUCCCUCCACCUCAACUUUCCAAGGAUGCAAUACCAUUACUGUUAAGAUGCAAUAACCAAUACUUUAUAAACCACAAUAUAAAUUCUGUAUUUGUGGUGACUCUGUGCUCUCAACUUUUGAGUUCCUCAAAACAUGCUAACUUUGCCCCGUUUUCCACACUAAUUUUGUCACUUGUGCAUUAGUUCAAGACUAUUUAUAUGUCUCCCUUGUGUGUAAGUAAAGUAGUCCCUGUUAUCUAGUAUCAACAAAGACUGCUCACUGCAGAGGAAAACCUCUUUCCAAGUCUCAAUUCCAAGCUAUGAAUAUAAAGGAAUAUUGCCUUCAAUUUUAUAAAGAAAUUGAAUUCUAAAUUCUAAAAAAAUUUUAUAAAGAAAUUAAAUUCUAAAUUCUAAAAAAAAUAGAAAUAUCAAGAAAUUGUCAUUAUUCAGGUCUUAGUUUCUUUUUCUCUUUCAACACAGAAUAUGUGGUCAUCUAUUUAACCUAAACAUAAAUCUACAUUAGCAAUUCCAACUUCAGAAAGUAAUAACCCCAAAAGAAAAAAAAGUAACAACCCAUUCUGAAAAGCACUUUGAAAACUUUAUUAUUAAAAAAAGGUAACCAUUCAUAUUUUCUCAAAAUGUUAACUGAAACUCAGCAAUUAAUUUGUAGGCACCAAAAGGGAAAUCUGACUAUAGUACACUGAAACCAUUAAUAUAGGAAAUCAAGCCCAAAUUCAGAAAGGAGUAGAAUAAGAAUAGGAUAGACACAAUAAGAAAGGAAUCAGGUGCUAUUUGAUUAAAUCAACAAUUCAAUAAGAUGCAAAGGUAGGCUGAGAAAACUCUAAGUGAAUGUUUUUAUUAUUAAAUGGUAAAAAUGCAGAUCUACUUUGUUAAUACCAGAUAAAAAUUCAUUUAACAUUGGAAAAGCACCAGAAAAACUAAAAUUUGCCUAAUCUUUCUAUAACCACUUUACAAAAAAAGAGGCAGGAAUACCAGGGCAUAUUGACUUAAAUCAGUGUAAUUUCAUAUUUUUUAAAAAGUCUUUUUAAUUAUAAAACAUAGCUCUGGUAUGAUGAAAAAUGCUGUAUUUAAAAAAUAGGUUUUAGUAUGUGCAAUGAAAAAAAUAUUUUCAACUAUGGAUAUUUCACAUAUAUAUCUAUUGAAUAUUUAGAAAUAUAGAGCUCUUACAGCAUAAGAACAAUUAAGUGUGAAUGUGUUCUAUUUUUCUGAGCCUCUUUUAAUAAAAGUUGCUAGAUAGCAUAAAACACAGUUUACUUCCUAAAAUAAUACAAAUCUAAUUACUGUUUCCUUUUUCAAAAACUUAGGAUUUAUCUCAGGCAUCAUAGUAAUAGGAAUUGAUCUAUAUACCACAGAAAAAAGUAAAACUAGGGAAAUUAAUAUCCUUAUGAGGCUUAUUCUAAUUUACUUCAUAUAAAGGAACUUUGUAAGAUAUAGGAACUAACAGAAUGUGUUAUGUAUUUUCAAUUAAAAAUACAAAUUAUCAAAUAUAAGAUAUAUGAGCCUAGAUAAAACAGCCAAAGAAAUAUAAAGUACUUGAUUUGUUGAGGUCAGAAAUAAAAGGAAUAUCAGAAUUGACCCACUUAUUUUAUCUUACAUAGCAUUACAAAGCUCUACAUUAACUUAUCUUGAACAAGGUAGCUAGCCCCAGAGUCUUGGGAUAGAUAAACUAAGGAGUUAGAAACUUUAAAGCAUUAAUUCAGAGGUCAGGAAAAUAGUUGAGUGGGUAGGAGCACAUGCGUGCAGGAGGCCCACGCUCAGUCCGUGACAUUGAAUGGUUCUCUGAGCACGAGUGGGAGCAACCCCCAAGCAUUGAGCUGGAGUACCCCAGCAUCACUGGGUAUGUCCCCCAAAUAAAAGCAUUAACAAACUCAGUGUUAUUAAAAGUAAUGCAGGUCCAGAGUGAUAAUAGAGCGGGUAGGGUGUUUGUCUUGCAUGUGGAUGAUCCAGGUUCAAUUCCCAGCAUUCCGAUAUAUGGUCCCCAAGCGCUGCCAAGGAGUAAUUCCUGAGUGCAGGACCUGGAUUAACUCCUGAGCAUUGCUGGGUAUGAAUCAAAAAGCCAAAAACAAACAAAAGUAAUGCAUUUAAAAUUCAAUAGGUGUUUAUAUACUGCAAAGAAAAUUUAUAGAGCAGUAUGGGAAGAAAAAUGUUGCUCAGGUGGGUCACACUCAUAAGUCCAGCACAAAGUAUCUUUCAUCUUUAUAUAUUGUAGCACUGUAGCACUGUUGAUGUUCCUCAAUUUGCUUUAGCGGGCACCAAUAACGUCUCCAUUGUGAGACUUGUUGCUACUGUUUUUGGCAUAUUGAAUACGCCACCAGUAGCUUGCCAGGCUCUGCCAUGUGGGCAGGAUACUCUCGGUAGCUUGCCAGGAUUUCCGAGGACAAAGGAAUUGAACGCAGGUUGGCCGCAUGCAAGGCAAACGCCCUACCCUCUGUUCUUUCAUUCCAGUCCCUUUAUAUAUUAGUUUCAUAAAAAAUGGUCUUUGGCAUUUUUAAGUCAAGACAUUGCUGUUCACUGACUUGUGUCAAUAAGCCACUCAGAGGACAGAGUAAAUACAGUAAGGAUAGAUAAAAAAGAGUAUUACUAAGUAGUAUUUUGAAGUGUACAUUUUUACAUGUAAAAGUUCUUUUCCCCAUUUCAAAUCAAUUCUACACUAUUUACAAAUCUGUAAAAUAUUAAAAUAUUAGAAAAAGAAAUCAUCCACAGCAUUACUAUCCAGGAAUAACAAUCAUUGUUAACAUUAUGUAUUGUUGUAGUGCCUUUUGGCUCAUGAAUUAAAUUGUGAUCCAAGUAAUUUUGUUUUGUACUCUAUGUCUGAAAUGGGAAUCUCAAGUAUUAUUAAGAUUAAAAACUUCUAAUUCUUUCUCUCAAGAAGAUUAAAAAAAAACAGUGCAACCAAGUGUUGCAUGAAUAUUCGUUCAGUCAGAGGCACUGAGACAAGGAACACAAAAGAAAUUUAUGUCAUGGAGGGCCCAGGUUCUCAGAUCUGUGACAAAGGCAGAGAGCCCCAAAUCUCCUUUUAUUGAUCAUGGUACCUCUAAAGAGCGUAAUACAGUGACAUCAUCAAAAGAAGUUACAAAAAGAGCAUUAAGGCAGCAGAACAUGUAUUGUUUCCUUGUAUCUGCAAGGCAGUGUAUUUUGCCCUAAGGAAAGAAAUACAAAACCAAACUUUUCUUGGCUACAAGUCUUUGGGUUUACAUCCCCAAAACAAAGUGGGGCAGAUCCUGAAAUCUAUAUCCCCCAAACAAACUGGGGCAGAGCGGGAGAUCAGGCUGGGCUUCUGUGAGAAAAGGAAAAACAGACUCUUUCAAUAUACUGAAAUUUAUGAACUUAUUUACUGAAGGCAGCUUAAAGGAAAAAAGAUGUUCAGCUUCAUCCAAACCAAUCAGAGCACACGAGAAAUCUCACCCAUUUUCAUGGGUCCCUAUGUUCCUGCACAUCAUAUGGUACAGUCUACCCUGAUAGCUCAGUCCAGCGCCAACAACCAAGACUGUGACUAAAAUCACUUUCUGCCUCUCUAAAAAAACAUUCUAACCAAUAUAAUGUAUUUUUUAUUUCUGUAGCUAUAGAAACAUUAAAACUCAGAGAACUUGUCACUAAAUUCCUUGUCAGGAAUUGGUGUAAACCAGCUUAAUUUCUCAUGGUUCUCUGAACCAGUCUGCCAGAAGUUGAAGCAAUGAAGAGGAUCAUAAAGGAGAACAAUGACACAUUCUACUAAACACUUAUAUUUUAUCAACUUAACUCUUACAGAAGUAGCAAUAUGGUUUGGUGGUUAAGUUUGACUUCCAGAGUCAGACAUUUCAAAAACAGUUCAACAUUUCCCAGGUGUAUGAUUAUGAUGCUACUUAAUCUACUUCAUUUUUUCCUCUAAACAGUAUCAAAAUAGCAGAUCAGGUUAAACAGUAAAACUUAAAGUGCCUCAUACUUGGUAAGUUAUCAGUAAGCACUGACUAUUAUAAUUUCAACAUAAUAAAGUGCAACAUCUUUGACUGUACUUUAUAAGCUAAACUGUAUGGAAUGGUCUUUCAUAAUCAAAAACCUUUGACUUACCAAAUGAAUACAUCAACUUACUAACAUAUAGUAAUGAGUGUUCACUUCCAAUUAUAUGUUAAGUGCUUUUUUCAUAUUCACUAUUUAACUCACAGCUCUGACGUCAUCGCGUAAGAAAGCAAGGUUAAACAGUUGUUUUCUCUAAGAAUCCCAAUUCCACAUUUGCAAAGCCAGAACUAAUUGUUGCCCUGAAAAUAGGCUGUUUUCUUUCUUCUUCUUCUUCUUUCUUCUUCUUCUUCUUUCUUCUUCU